GUAAUUUGCAUGGCAUACGUGAAUAGCCCAAACGGACGGAUGGUCCUUUUCAAUUUCAUUUUAUCUUCUUCCAUUGUCAACAACAUCUAACCUAACUCACGAGAAAAAUAUCACAGUACGUACUUGUUCAGAAAUUUUGAACCAUUGAACUCUUCUCUAGAAUUGUACAGAAGCGGUGUGUAGCGGUGUAGAACCUCUACUAUAAAUACAGGUCCAAGUUCCUUUUUACUCAAAUUCAUUUUUUGUGCACUCGUUUGAAAAAAAUAUUUGUUUCAUAACACAAUGGGGAACCAACUAAUUAUUUGCAAAAGACGAAAAUUAAGGUCGAAGAAAAGGCCAAUGGGUUUUGUUCAUCAUCAAACUUCACCGUCUCAGAUUGGGAUAAGAACCGUGGAUGUGGAUAACACUUGUAACUUCUCCACCACUUCAAAUCUAUGCAUCUCCAUAUUUACUUGGAAUAUGAAUGGUCAGGUUUCGUUUGAAGAUUUAGCAGAAAUGGUUGGUAGCAACCGAGAUUUCGAUCUUCUAGCUGUUGGCUUGCAAGAAGCUCCGGGAAACAAAAUUGCAACUAUGCUUUCGGCAGCUUUGAAUGAAAGUCACACGCUGAUAGGUAAAGUUACUAUGCAAUCUUUGCAGUUGUACCUGUUUGGACCAAAGAAUGCAAAAUCAUUCAUUCAAGAAUUGCAUGUGGACAAAGAAUCUUUUGGGGGUUGUGGAGGAAUAAUUGGAAGGAAGAAAGGGGCUGUAGCAAUUCGCAUUAACUACAAAGGCAUACGUUUGUUGUUCAUCUCAUGCCACCUCUCUGUUUAUUUAUCUUUUGCAGCUCAUGGUCGCAAUGUGCAAGAAAGAAAUUAUGAAUGCAGACAUGUAUCGCGCUCCCUUUUCUCUAAGAUUUGGAACCCAUAUUCUAGACCAGCCCACAUGACUAUUUGGUUAGGAGAUCUAAACUAUAGGCUUGAAGGGAUCAAUGCACAUCCAGCCAGGAACCUAAUAGACCAAGACCUUCACCAUAAGCUGCAUGGUAAUGAUCAACUCUUGCAACAAGCUGGAGAAGGACAAAUUUUCAAUGGAUUUUGUGAGGGAACAUUGACAUUCAAGCCAACAUACAAGUAUAAUAAAGGAAGUAGCGAUUACGACACAAGUUACAAGGUUCGAGUACCAGCAUGGACAGAUCGUAUACUGUUCAAGAUAGAAGAAGAUACAGACAACGUGGAAGCAACCCUACAUUCUUACGAGUCAAUGGAUGAAAUAUACGGUUCAGAUCAUAAACCAGUAAAAGCACACAUCUGCUUAAGACUUCAAACUUAAUCCAAUAUGCUUACCUUAAUAUUUGAUUCUAUCAUUAUACUCUUAUAGGGUAUAGUAGUGAUAUUCAUUUGUAAAUUGUAUUUUAUUUUUUGUGAAGAUUGAGUUUUGUGGUUAUGAAGUUUUUUCAGAGUUCUUUCUUCGGUGAAGUUUUUGUGUUUUUUACUAUGUUGACACUCCUUGGAUUAGGCGUGUCCUGGUGUCGGACACAUAUCGUGUCCGACAUCGACACGACACCGACACUUGUAAUUACACUGAAUUAUGUAAUUUUUUCAAAUUAUUAACUGUAUCGGCGUGUCAUUGUCCGUGUCGUGUCCGGUGUUCGUGUCCGUAUCUGUGCUUCAUAGGUUAUGGUUAACACCUAACAUAGAAAAUCAUUUGUAAAUUUUUUCUUUUGAAGAAAGAGAAAAUCAUUUUAUUGUA